ACGUAUGGUUACGUAAUGACGUAAUGCGCACCAAUUCCUGCUUGUUGAUUGGCUGACGAAACAGAGGUUGAAGGUGACAACUUUUGUCAGCUGUCAACAGGGAAAUACCACUUAUUUCAAUUUCAGAACGCCCUUCCUUCGUUUGGGAUCGCACUAGGGUGUCCUUAUAACUCGUUUACUGCAGGUGAAAGUGACACUUGAGUUAUGAGCAGUACAGUCCAACAGAUCACUGUGACCACAGACCCAGGAACCCCUUACUUUCUGUGUGUGGACUUUGCCAUGGACCUUGGUGCUGGUUUCACGCUAGUUCUUUCUGAUGGCAGCUCUGCCUGGAUUGGAGAAGUUUCAGAAGACGACGUGACGAGAGAGGCUAAUGACAUGAAGGUCCAGCGAGAGAGAUAUGUUGAGGAUCUUCUUCAAGCACUGACUGGAAGUCGACAGGGAAGCGGAGUAGGGAGGAGAGCAGAUGACACAGACGUGUGUUUUUUCCAGCUCACUCCGGAUCGCAGUCGACUCUCAUAUCACAAAGUUUGUGAUGGUGUUUCGGUGCACUUGGGUUCUUUGAGGCUUAAGCCUACUCCACACCCCUUACAGUUGAAUCGAGAGAUGAUUGGUCAGUCGAUCAAAUGCAACAUCAGCCUGAAACAACAAAACUUGCUGUUGCUGGAGGAGAACCGUAAACUGAAAGAGGAGCAUGAGCACAUACUCCGAGAGCUUGAGCAGAAGGUUCAGGAUAAGGAGACAAUGGAAAAUGAGCUUUACUCUCAUUUUGUCAUGGUGCUAAAUGCAAAGAAGGCCAAGAUCAAAAGCCUACAGGAUUCUCUCCAGCAGCUCCAACCGAUAGCCGGCUUUCACAGGAAACAAAGGAAAAAUGAGACGGCUCAAAGUGAGGAUGAUAGCUGUCACAGAAGAGAGAGAAGCUAUCCUUCACUGGAACCAACCAUCCUCACCUCAGGACAUAGUGAGGUGAGCCAGGGAUUCUCAAUGGACCACGCCAUGCCUCUUGAUGACAAUGUGCAAACAAGAAGGAAACCAAUGGAAACACUUGACUGUCAGAUUCCAGGAACGUCUGAUAUGGAAUGAAAUCACAGGUUUAUCAGACAAUCAAUGAGAGACAAUGAUCGAUGCCUUGCUUCACUUAAACAUUACAUUAAAAACAACACAGGUGACAUUACAGGUGUUUACUAUGCAAAGAAAUGCUGCAAAUUAUUACAGUAGUUUAAGCAGUGUAUGUGCUAUGUUUUAAAUGUUAUUUGCAAAGAACAAAAUCAGCAACAAGAAAAAUCAAAUGUGAGAUCCAUGUUCAACAUUUUUAAUAUUCAUCCCUGAAUUGGUCUUAGGGAGUCAUGCUUUUAUAGUUUGUACUGUAUUACAGUCUAUGUUUAAUUACACAUCCAAAGAAAUAUCGAAUAAAUGUGAAACAUAUUUCAGUUCUUUGUUUCCUCUUCUUCAGUGAAACGACAUCCAUGACUCAGCAUGAACAUAAAACUCUAAAUCAAAAGCAGUUGGGAUGAACUAGCUGCCUGUGGAGCAAUGUCGCAAGGUUCUUUUGGCUGGUCAACCCCGCUCCCCACCACCAGGCCUUGAGGGGGUCCUCACAUUUGAUCCAAGAUUGUUUCUGAGAUUCUAAGAAACAAUUUCACAUCUGGAUUGUUUUAAUUGUGGCUCAGCCGUCAUGGAGACAUCAGCGCUGCUGUUAAGGCCUGUGCUCGCACUGAGAAAAAGAGGAACUAAAAGCUUCCCCUGAGGUCUCUUGGGACUGGAUGGCGUUGCCGCUAAUGACUUGGAGAACACAGUCAAGACUCUACAAAAGGAGCAUGGAAGUAAUUUCUCAACAACUCGACGUUGCACUGAGCUCAGCGGACUUGGCUUUGAGUGAGAUCGACAAGAGAGUAACAUCUUGUACAGGAUACACCCAGAAUACAUGGCGUCAUCACUAAGCAACCAGUGUUGCUUUGUUGCAGUGUAUUCAUCAUGACAAGCUCAUUUUACCCCUUCCCUCCUCACUAUUUAUGCAAAAUAUAUACCACAUCCAACACAAGUCUUCAGAAUGUUGUUCCAUUGUUCCUUGACCCAAAGAAGUUAAAGGGUGUUCGGCUGAAAUUAAUAGGGUUCUUUAGUCUCUCGCUUUCCUCACCUCCUCACCACUCCCCUUAUCUCGGCUACCAGCUUCAGGUCCUGAGGUCAUCACAGUCAGUCUCCUCGCUGACAGUAAUGAACCUAAGGAAACCUGCUGACAAUCCUUGCAAGUCAGACCAUUCAACCUUUGACUCCUGGACCUCCCAGCUGUCCUUUAUGAUUCCGACUGAACAUACAAGCCUGCUGCGAGGCACCACGUGGCCGCCGUGAUAAUCCCGCUGGACAAUCCCCAUAGGAAUGUCUUUAUAAAGCCAAUAUCAUAAUGUCUUUUUCGUCCACAUGUCUAGAUCAGUGCCAGAAUAUAGUUUAUAGAUGACAGUAUAAUAUUACUAACAUUUUACGAUGUCGCCGUAAGGGUUUAUGAGCACAAUUCAUACACAAUGUAAUUCAAAGUUCUUUAAAGAAAAUAAAGGUAUCAUCAUAAAAUCAUUCUAAAAUCAUCACAUAAAAUUCCAUAAAUCCUUACAUAAAACAAACAAAAUAAAAAAAAUGCAGAUAAUAUACAUCCAGUUAUCAAAUGCACAGUUGAAUGUGUUCCGUUCUUUGUGGUGGACAAUAAGUGACAUCGGAGGUUUGCAGUUGAGUUUUAGCUGGUUUACGACCACAGUGCGACAAUUCAAACCUGCAAUAAAAGCCUGUUGUUUCGGGGGAUCAAUUUAGUUAAUUUCACCAUUUUUAUGCUUGAAAAUGCUUAACUUGGGCAAAAAAAAUGUUUUAAUUAAUCAUGUAUUUUUGAGAAAACUUAAUAGAGUGAACCCACGAUGUGGCCAGCGACGACUAUAUCACAUCCUCAGCAUGUUAAUAGGCUAAACAAAUGAAAGUGCUUUUUUAAAUUAUAUAUCAUCAUCAUCAUUUAUUUCUACCUUGCACCUGUCGAAUUCCCAUCAUUUCAGAAAAUGACAGCCGUCUUCCUGCUUUCCAGUCGCUGAGGUGCAGGCAGACAGAGUGAGCUUUGUCUGGUUCUGGCUCCAGUGUGCGCUCACUGUAAUGUCUGAAACAGUUUAGCCUUACCCUAGCAACUUUUUCAUACCAAGCCAGACUACUUGUGUCCAAUAUCGAAAACUGAAUCAUGUACAUGAAACAAAACACUCAGCCUUUGGGCAUAUUGGCAUAGUUGUUGUCUUGCUGUUCACUGAACAUAUCAGUCAGUAGUGUUGAUGUGCAUCGAAAAUGUCUAUCUAUAUGUGCCCUGUGAUUGGCUGGCAACCAGUCCAGGGUGUACCCCGCUUCUCGCCCGAAGACAACGACAUUUCGUUGGCAAUUUCACUGCUGUGUUAUUGUGCAAUGACAAUAAAGAAAGUCUAUCUAUCUAUC